CACACAGGCCACAUAGGUUUUGUAGAGCAGCAAGAGCGACACUAUGCAGCUAUCCUUUGCUUGCAGCGGGCCAUGUGUCCCGCGCGUCGCUGGCCGGCCACAUGCGGGCGCUUCUAUGCCAAGCUUGUUAUUAAGACCGGUGCCGUGCGCCACCUCACGCACGCCGCGAGGUUUGUUGGGCGCGCCCAUCGCGGCGUCGGUCGCCGUUGCUCUUGUUGAGACGACGACGGUCGAGCCAGCCGCGGAGGCUGCCGUAGGCCCUGCGUCGGACCCGGAGGCUCUUGCGGCUCUCGCCGAGGCGCAGCGGCUUGUGCGUUGCGGGCCGACCCCGCUCGGUCGCGGCCUGGUUGCCUUGCAGCAGUUGGACCGCCAGUGCAUCGUGUCGGUGCCGCUGCAAAACGCACUCGUCAUCAGCGACGAGCCCCUGAGCGGCAUCAGCGUGUUUGGCGACCGUUGCCAGGAGCUGUGGCAGGAGGCACACGGCCGCCUGCCGCCGCAGCUGCUGGAUUUCAUCACGGGUGAGGCGCGCUGGGACGUGCGCAUGACCGCCUGGCUGCUGUGGGUGGCGUCGGAGCUGCCCGACUCGCCGCUGUGGGCCGCAUACAUCGCCACUCUGCCGCCCGCGGACGAGGUGACGUGCCUCAUCAACUACGGACCGGAUGUGGCCAAGGAGCUGCAGAUUAAAGAUCUCGUGGAGGAGGCCAAGUCGCAGUACAACUGGGCCAUGGGCGUGCACCGCAAGUACUUUGACGGUGUGCAGGGCGAGUUGGCGCAGCUCAAGUUGGCGGCCAGCGCCCGAGACACCAUGUGGGCCAUGUCCAUGGUUCGCACGCGCACCUUCAGCGAGAACGUCAACGGCGAGGGGCUGACGCUCAUGGUUCCCUACGCCGACCUGGCCAACCACUCCUUCCGGCCCAACGCCACCUUCUGCAUGGCGCGAGACAACAAGCGGUUCGAGCUGCGGCUGCUGGGUCCGCUGGCACCGGGCGAGGAGGCAGCCAUCAGCUACGGCGAGACCAAGCCCAACCCCGAGGUUAUGCGUGACUACGGCUUUGUCGUACCGGGCAACCCCAACGACCGAAUCAAGCUGCCUGAUCAGGACCAGCUGCCGCCGCUGUACGGCGCGUCCGUGAUGGAGUCGGUGGGCUUCAAGGGCGACUGGCGGGAGGGCACUGUGGCGCCCAAGCGGACCGUGCUGGAGGCAGCGGAUGGCGACCCAAUGGAGCGAGUCAACCUCAACCGCCGCCGGUGUGCGCUGCUGUCCAUGACAUUCACAGACGGCUUUCCGUCAGCCAGCCAGUCACAAGGUGGCCUGUUUGGGAACUGGCCUCCCAAGGCCUGGACCGAUUCGGGGCGCCCGCCGCCGCAACACGUGCCGGCACAGCCUCGCGCGUUCGAGCUGGAGCGCGCAAAUGUGGCGGCGGUACGGCAUUCGUACCAGGCGGCGCUGGACGAGCUGCCCACGUCCCUGCAGACAGACCUGCAGCUGCUCGCGUCGCACGACAGCGGCGAGUUGCGGCUCGACGGGCUGGUGGCGGGCGCCGUACGGUGUCGUACGGAGCACAAGCUUCUGCUGGCGGAGGCAGUAGCAAUUUUGGACGAGUACGACCGCUGGCUUGCGAGGCACCAGGAAAAGAUCGCAACCCGGGCCCGGUAGUAGCAUCGAGCAUGCACGCCGAGGCCGGCCGUAGCAGGAGGUGUGGGCGCAGCAACAGCAGGCCGGCGCAGCUGUACCGUACUAGGGAAGACGUGGGGACUGAGUAUGCACAAAUCACCACUUCACCUCUAAGCCUGAACUUUAAAGAUACAGACAAUAAGCACAUCGUGAUUGUGAAUGAGCCGAUGUGCCACUGUAUUCCUUGCUUACUUUGCGGAUCCUUGAGCAGCAUCGACGUGCGGAGAAAUGCGACGUUAAGCAUCCAGCUGUGUCUUGACAUGAACAACACAGACUUCCGUUGCCGUUGUUUUCCCUUGUUUGCGCGCGCAUGCAGUCGGUGCGUUGCUUUUGUCUGAGGCGGCCGUCCGUGCAUGCCGUAUGCCUGCUUAUGCCCGGCAGGGCGGCUCAGGGCGGCUGUGCCAGAUGCAUGACACGGCACGGUGCAUGAAAGUUUGACGGAAUGGACAGCAGGACAAGUGUAGUAGUGUGUAAUGCAGUCUUAGGUAACCUGGUGCUCUACCAGGGGGGGGGCAGCCGUUCAUGUGAAGGACGGAGUGAUUAAGACACCCAGUAUGAAGUGCCGACGGGAUUGACCUUAUGAUUCAAAUGCACAGAGCUCAACAAGAGCGUUCAGAAUCUGCCUGAAGCGUUUUGAUCAGGGUACGGUACGUAAACUCAAGUGACGGGCCCUCAUCCCGAAGGUUUCGUCACGCAGCAUGUGGGUGGGGCUGCCAGAUUGAGAAUUGUAGAACGUUUGUCCUCUGGAAUGCGGCCGCGUGUCCGUCCCCUGGCACCCCGCUGGCUCCACGAUGCAUCGGGGCGGCAGGGGGCGGUGCUGCGUAUAUAUGGUCAGGGCUUGCACUUUUGUCCAGGGGCAGGCCCCGCCGCUGGAGAGAAGGACCCUAACCGUGUUCUCGCCCACGGCAUUCAGGGGCUUAUUAUCGAUGUGCGUUGCGGAAUUAAUGCGUACGUAGACCCGAGCGGAAGGCGGCUUAAAAGCGGCUUUAAGCGUUUGGACUACGCCACCCUGCCUGAGGUGCUCUGAGGGCUUCUACGUGCUCACUCCACCCUCUCCCACCCACCCCCGGCAAGGGGGAGUUGGCGAGAUUCGGGGAUAGUAUGCAGCCCCACGCGGUGACUAGGUCGCCUGGAAGAGUGAAAGUCACUCACUAAAGCACUCCAUGACGGAAGUCAGUCAAUUAGUAAGCGCCCCCGCACGGA